AUGUCCCUCGCUCGAAGAAGGAACAACAAUAAAGGCGCUGGUCUUAUCAAUACGCUUAUAAACAAAUUACCGCUAGAGCUUCACGUGCCUGGUUAUCAAUAUUGUGGUCCUGGUACAAAUUUAAAAAAACGGAUAGCUCAUGGUGACAAAGGUAUAAACCUUCUGGAUUCUGCUUGUAGAGAGCACGACAUUGCAUAUGAAAAUAGUAAUUCUUUCGCAGAUCGAAACAAAGCCGAUUAUAUAUUAGAGCAGCGAGCCUGGGAUAGGUUUAAAGCUAAAGAUUCAAAUUUAAAAGAGAAAGCUGUAGCUUGGGGCGUGACAACCGCCAUGAAAGCAAAACGUAAAAUCGGGGCUGGAUGUGGGUUUAAAGCAGCCAUCAAAGCAGCUAAAAAUGCUAUAAAGAAAAAUAUCGAUGAA